GGACUCGGGCGAGAGCGACGCAGGGUCGGCGACGGCGAGUGCCCGGUGCGCGGCGGGGACGUCCGCGAGCUCGCUGAAGGGCUCCUUGGAGUAUUCAGAAGUUGAUUCCAUCAUGGCAGAACUCAAGGUGGAGAUGCGGGCCAGUGUAGACUGGCAGAAACGCUGCCUGGCUCUGGAAACACAGCUUUUCCGGUUCCGUCUUCAGGCCAGCAAGAUAAGGGAGCUGCUGGCUGACAAGAUGCAGGAGCUGGAGCAGAGGCUGCUGGAGGCGGAGCAGAGAGCAGAAAAUGCAGAGACCCAGGUGGGUGUGAUGGAAGAGAAGGUAAAACUGUCAAAUCUGAAGAAUGUGGACUCAGCAGGCAGCCUGCACCGGAAAUACCAGGAAUUGCUAAAAGCCAUGCAGGGCAAAGAUGAGCUCAUCAGCCAGCUGGAGGCACAGCUGGAGAAGCAGAAGCAGAUGAGAACUGAGGAAGCAAAAAUUGUUCAAGAAAAAGCUGCAAAGAUCAAGGAAUGGGUGACUCUAAAGUUAGCAGAGCUUGAGAUGGAGAAUCAGCACCUGAAAAGCUGUAAUCAGCACCUGGUGGAGCAGGUGGGAGCCCUUCAAGAGGCACUGGAAGUUCUUCGGAUGGUACCACAGGGAGCCCCAGAGCAGGAUUCUGUCUCUGCAGGGCCAGGAGCCCACCCUGUGGGGCAGAACAGUGGUCCCCAGGUCCAGGGUUUGAAAGCAGCUAUGGCUGCACCUUCUCCAGGUGCCUUGCAGAGCACCAACUCUGUUUCUAAAGCAAGAAGCCCCUUGGAGGAUUCUAGUUCCAGUGUGAUCCACUCUGCGGAAAUAGCAGAGGCCAAGACCCUUCAACCUCAUCCGGGAAAAGAGGGCUCUCCCAGCCAGCUGUUUGUGAAGCCACGCACCCCCAGACACGGGUCAGCUUCCUGGGGUGCGGGCCUGGACACUGCUCAGGGAGGGAUGCUUCCUGGGACCAAGACUUCUGCCAGGGAAGGUGGCCCCGGCAGCAGUCUGACCCUACCAAAGGUACGGGCUCCCAGCACCCCCCAGGACAGCAUCCAAGUGGCCAAAAGGCACCACAGCCAGCCCCAGGUGGGCCCUGGGCACUUUGACCACGUGGUGAGCAUUGAGAUUGGGGCCCUCUCAGCCCUGCACCCCUCUGGCCUUCUUGAGCUGGAGACCAGAGCUGAGUUCCAGGAGGAACCAGAGAAGAUGGAGAUGGAAGAGCCACCCCCAGCAGGGAAGAAGGAGGAAAGAGAGAGCCCAAAGGCUGCCAGAGCUGUGCUGGAAGAAGUGGAGCUUAGGAACAAGCCACCCACACCUCCCCUGCACCGGUUUCCAUCCUGGGAGAGCCGGAUCUAUGCGGUAGCCACUUCAGGCAUGCGGCUCUCUGAUGCGUCUCCCAGAAGUAAUGCUGACUGCAGUGCUUCAAGCCCUCCUGCCCUUGGGUCCCCUGGGCCUUUCUCUGGCCUUGUCUACAAGAAUGUCACCGUGCCUGUCUACACAGCACUGAAAGGGAGAGCCACGCAGAUCAGCACUGUACCCUUUGUGGACGAGUCUUCUGGGUCUGAUGAUGACUGCAGCUCUCAGGCCAGUUUCCGAACUUCCAUUCCCUGCUCUGAGUCCAGGAAGACCAGCGGACUAGGCAGCCCCCGGGCCAUCAAGAGAGGUGUCUCCAUGUCUUCACUGAGCUCCGAGGGUGACUACGCCAUCCCCCCAGACGCGUGCUCGCUGGACAGUGACUACUCAGAGCCUGAGCACAAGCUGCAGCGCACCUCAGCCUAUUCCACUGAUGGGCUGGGCCCAGGCGGGGAGUCACUGGAGAAGUCGGGUUACCUGCUGAAAAUGGGGAGCCGGGUGAAGACGUGGAAGAGGCGCUGGUUUGUCCUGAGACAGGGACAGAUUAUGUACUACAAGUCCCCGAGUGACGUCAUACGGAAACCUCAAGGUCAAGUGGAUCUGAACUCCUAUUGCCAAAUUGUUCGAGGGGAAGGUGCACAGACAUUCCAGCUUAUCUCUGAGAAGAAAACCUACUACUUGACGGCUGACUCGCCCAGCUUCCUAGAGGAGUGGAUCCGAGCACUACAGAGCCUGCUGAAGGUGCAGGCCACUGGGCCUCCAGCCCUGCCUCGGGGUGGCACCAAGCCCACUGUGAAGGGCUGGCUGACCAAGGUAAAGCACGGCCACUCCAAGCUGGUCUGGUGUGCUCUGGUUGGGAAAACUUUUUACUACUAUCGGAGCCAUGAAGACAAGCGACCCCUGGGCCGCCUGCCUGUGCAGGAUGCACGCAUAGAGGAAGUAGAUCGAUCCUGUGACUCGGAUGAGGACUAUGAGGCUGGAGGAACAGGACGAUUGCUCUCCUCCCACUGCACGCUGGUGAUCCACCCCCCAGAGCACAGCCCUACCUACCUCCUCAUUGGCACCAAGCAUGAAAAGGAUACGUGGCUUUACCACCUCACAGUGGCUGCAGGUGGCAGAAGUGCCAAGGUGGGCACUGCCUAUGAGCAGCUCAUUGGAAAACUGAUGGAUGGUGAGGGAGACCCAGAUUCCCCGCUCUGGAGGCACCCCAUGCUGUGCUACAGCAAAGACGGGCUGUACACCUCCCUCACCACCCUGCCCUCCGAGGCCCUGCAGACAGAGGCUGUCAAGCUCUUCAAGUCCUGCCAGCUGUUCAUCAACGUGCCAGUGGAAGCCGCCUCGGUGGACUACCAUGUGUCCCUGGCCCAGACGGCACUACAGGUCUGCCUAGUUCACCCCGAGCUGCAGAGUGAGAUCUACUGCCAACUCAUGAAGCAAACCAGCUGCCGCCCACCUCAAAAGUACUCCCUCAUGCAGUGCUGGCAGCUCCUGGCUCUGUGUGCCCCACUCUUCCUGCCUCAGCAUCACUUCCUCUGGUAUGUCAAACAGCAGCUCCAACGCCAUGCAGAUCCCAGAAGUGCGACUGGCCAGUAUGCCACCUACUGCCAGCGGGCAGUGGAGCGGACCCUGCAGGCUGGGGAGCGGGAAGCAAGGCCGUCCCGCAUGGAAGUGGUGUCUGUCUUGCUGCGUAACCCCUUCCACCACUCCCUGCCCUUCAGCAUCCCUGUGCAUUUCACCAACGGGACUUACCAGGUGGUUGGAUUUGAUGGCUCCUCAACAGUUGGUGAGUUCCUCCAGCGGUUGAACCAAGAGACAGGCAUGAGGAAGUCAGCUCACUCUGGCUUUGCCCUCUUCACGGAUGAUCCUUCUGGCAGGGACCUGGAACACUGCCUGCAGGGGAGUGUCAAGAUCUGCGAUGCCAUUUCCAAGUGGGAACAAGCCCUGAAGGAGCUCCACCCCGGAAAGUCUGAGGGAGGGACGCGUGUCGUGAAGCUGAUGUACAAGAACAGGCUGUACUUUCGGAGUCAAGUCAAAGGGGAGACGGAGAGAGAACGGCUGCUCCUCGCCUCCCAAACUAGUGAAGAAAUAGUGGCAGGGAGGUUUCCUGUCAACAAGGAACUGGCUCUUGAGAUGGCCGCUCUGAUGGCUCAGGUAGAAUAUGGGGACUUGGAGAAGCCUAUCCUGCCAGGCCCUGGGGGCACACCCCCUGCCAAGGCCCAGCAUUUCCUCCAGCAGGUCCUAGACAGGUUCUACCCAAGGCACUACAGACAUGGGGCGCCCCCAGAACAGCUGAGGCACCUGGCAGAUAUGCUGACCACAAAGUGGGCAGCACUACAAGGCUGCUCCCCUCCCGAGUGCAUCCGCAUCUACCUGACUGUAGCCCGGAAAUGGCCUUUCUUUGGUGCUAAGCUCUUUGCUGCUCAGCCUGCCCAGCUGUCUUCCAAGGAGAACACUCUGGUGUGGAUUGCUGUGAAUGAGGAUGGCAUCAGCAUCCUGGACCACAGCACCAUGCAAGUGCACGUCACUUACCCCUACUCUUCAUUGAUGACCUUUGGUGGCUGCAGGGAUGACUUCAUGCUUGUGAUUAGAUCCAUUCCAGACCAGAGCUCUGGAAGAGGCCACAUUGAGAAGUUGAUCUUCCGGAUGGCUGCUCCCAAGAUUGCAGAAGCCACCUUCCUCAUGGCCAGCUACAUGAACUAUUGCUCAGCAGCUGUGAACCCAUCCACUCACCCACCAGCAGCCCACCAGCCAUGGGAACUAGACGGACGGCAGCUCUUUGCUUCGGUUCCCUGUGCUAGCAAAGGACCAACAUUGCUAUGAAUAUUUCUUCUACCCCUUUCCCCACCACCACUGGUGUCUCUGGGAUUAGAGAUACAUAUCCUGGGGUAUGAUACUACUGUGACGGGUCUAACAGCCCCCCCCGACCCCAUUUGUUCUGUGAAAUGUGUAUUUCAGUGUCUGUGAAGACUUUACACUCUAGGUGCCUUACAAUGUUUCAGGGUCCAACUUUUAAAAAUCCAGACUCAGUGUAAAAACCACUUACUCUUUUUUCACAAGACACUGACUCUGGACGCUACCUGAUUCUAGACAUAGACAGGGAUGGUCCUAUAACUGAGGGCAUCAGUGCUGUAAGUGGGGGCUUUCUGCACUGAUACUCUCAGAUAAGUAAAUAUUUUUUAUAUUCUAUAUGGCCCUUAUGUGAGGAUUUAUACUUGAAGUUUUCUGAGCAUCCCUGAACAGAAUAGGACUAAAAUUUCCAAUUCACCUGAACUCUGAAAAAGCCUAGAACUCAUUAAAACUGGACUUCCUUUCCCAAGUGGGAAAGGUGUUGGCAGAGCUGGAGAAAAAGAAAUAGACUCACUGUUCCCCUUUAUUGGUGAACAGACAUUUGUGGUGCCACUUCUGAGGCAGCAGCUCCUAUCUUUGCAGGACAGCACGCUAUCCCUGCAAAGUUUCAAGCUCUUUUCUCUCACACUGGACUGGAAGCCAAACCCAGUACCACAUACUGUCCAAGCAAGGGCAGAGGCGGGGGGCAGGUCCAAUCUGACCUCUCCCUGUCUCAUUUUAACGACUGGACAGGGCUCAGUGAAGGCUGUGCUCACUACUGUAGGACGAGGUGGUCGUCGUUUGUUUCCCUACUCUUUGAAAGACCAAGCAAAUGCACCCUGCUUUUUGUUGCUCUUUGAGGCCACCAAAGAUGAGUCAGGAACACAGAAGACCCCCCAGGCUCAUGGGCCUGGAAGUGCUUGAGACAUCUGGUGAACUUCCACUGGGAAUGAGUUGGAGGGCAGAAGGCACGAAUAUGAAAUUUGCCUUAGCCUAAGAGCAGAAAGGUUCUUUUGCCUUUUGCCUUCCUGAUAACACCAUGAUCCCGUUCAACCUAGACCUUCUAGUUGAGUGCAGAGGAGAUGAUCUUUGUCUACACCCUCCUCUAACCGAAAAUAAAACAAAAAAACAAAAAAAAACGAAAGAGUUCAUACUCUGACUUUCCAACAUCUGAGAGACUGAGUUUUAUUUCAUAACUCUAAGGCAGCCUUACCAUUUGUCUUAAAGUUCUGAAACCUGUAUGGGUUUAACAGUAGCAUCCAAGAACCAAGCCUUUAACCCCAACAAUGUGUGUGUUGGGGGGUGGGGGCACACACAGCAAAAACUGCAAGGCUGGUUCUAGUUUAUCUGAACACCUCAGCUGCUAUAAGUUUCCCCUUUUACCCUUUAAACUGACAAGCAGGACUAAAAAGCACAUCAGAAUUUCUGCCUUUUUAAAGUGAACUUGAGUUUGCAAGGUAGGCAGUUUUACAGCCAUUUCUAUUCCGGCCUUUCACCCCAGGAUUUGGGGACCUAGCUGAGACAUUACUACCUCGAAUAAGUCACAUGUCACAUGUACCAUACUCCUGGAUAAGCCCUCUAGGGCUGAUGUAAAAGGCAGAGACUAUAGCUCUGGUUUUAUAAUAUCAUCAGUGUCUCUAAGGCCAAUAAGGAUAAUAUUAUCUAGCCAGAGAUAUCAAAAAUAUUAGUAUUUGAAAGAGAGUGAGCAAGAGUGGAGCUGUGUUCAUCCUGGAUUUGGGGUUCAAACUGUUUCCUCCACCUUCUCUCCUUCUUCCUAAUCCUCCAGGAAUCCUCCCUUAGUUUAUUAAUUUUAUACAGAAAAAACUGCCUUAGAAACAAAGGCUUCUAUAAUUUGCUUAUUUACCUUCUUUAACAUGUGAGUCUCAUGUCUGGAAACCAAAGCCAAAUUUCUGUCUGGCAUUUUGUCUCAUCCCUCUUGGUAAAAGCAGCUUUUGAAAUGACAGAAAAUGCUGAGUAACAUAAAAGUAUUGUGUUUGAUACCCAUGACUGAA